UAGUCAUAAUCGAAAUAUGUCGGAAAAUCAUUAAAAAAAUCUGAAUUAUUUAAAAAACAUCGGUAAACAAUAGCUAUUCGUCGGCAGUCCAUCCCUACAGCAAGUGUCAUCAAAAUCUUAACAAAAAAUAUCAGAAUAUGAGAAGUGGAUUCGUAAUAAAUAAUUUAAUUUGAUUAAGUCAUGUUGAAGGAUAAAGGGCAGGUCACUUUCGAGGACAAAUGGCCAUCGAUGCGUCCUAUAGUUUUGAAGCUACUGAAGCAGGAACCGGUAACUCAAACCGAAUGGCAAGAUCUUUUUGGUGCUGUACACUCGGUGUGCUUAUGGGACGAGAGAGGUCCAUACAAGUUGCGAGAUGCUCUUCAACAAGAUAUAAUGAUGUACAUCAAACAGGCUCAAGUUCGAGUUUUGGCUCAGAGAGAAGACCAAGCGCUAUUGAAAGCUUAUAUAGCUGAAUGGGGCAGAUUUUUUACACAGUGUAAUUAUCUACCCACACCAUUUCGCCAGUUAGAAAAUUCAAUAAAUAAUUUAAGUAAAGUCACCACUGCUGCCACUUCAAAUUCACAGAAAAAGAAUAAUAAUAACAACAUAGAGGAUAGUUUGGUUCGCAAGCUUAUGUUGGACUCGUGGAAUCAAAGCAUUUUUGUUGAUAUCAAACAAAGAUUACAAGACUCUGCUAUGAAACUUGUUCAAGCCGAGAGGAAUGGGGAAUCAUUUGAUUCACAACUUGUUAUAGGUGUAAGGGAAUCUUAUGUUAAUUUAUGCUCAAAUUCAAUUGAUAAAUUACAAAUAUACAGAGAAAACUUUGAAGCUGCUUACAUGCAAGCCACUGAAGAGUUUUAUAAAUUGAAAGCCAAUGAGCAUUUGUUGACUAAUGGUGUUCAGGCAUAUAUGAAAUAUGCCGACCAACGACUUAAAGAAGAAGAAGCUCGAGCACAUAGAUAUCUUGAGCCAGGCAGUGGCAGUGUGGCAGCCCUGACACAAUGUUGUGAGAAAGUUAUCAUUGGAGAUCAUUUACCCACACUUCUAGCUGAAAGUGCACCUCUCAUCAAAGCUGGUGAAACGCAAAAACUUCAAUUAAUGUUUCGACUGUUGGAUAGAAUACCAGAAGGCGUUACUCCAAUUCUUCGGGAUUUGGAAGCUCACAUUGUGUCGGCAGGCCUAGCAGAUAUGGUAGCAUCUGCUGAUAUUAUAACUACAGAUUCUGAAAAGUAUGUUGAACGCUUGCUUGAUCUAUUUAAGAGAUUCAGUACAUUAGUGAAGGAUGCUUUCAUGGAUGAUCCACGUUUCUUAACAGCUAGGGACAAGGCAUACAAAUGUGUAGUGAAUGAUACUACAGUGUUCAAAUUAGAGUUGCCUUCGUCGACUCUCAUUCGUGGUAGCAAAGGUACGGCUCCAGAGAGUAAAUGUCCAGAACUGCUGGCUAAUUACUGUGAUAUGCUUCUCCGAAAAACACCACUGAGUAAACGUUUAACUAGUGAACAGAUAGAGUCUAGGUUAAAGGAUGUAUUGUUAGUGUUAAAAUAUAUUGAAAAUAAAGAUGUGUUUAUGAGAUAUCACAAAGCACAUUUAACCCGAAGAUUAAUUUUAGACUCAAGUGCUGAUUCUGAGAAAGAAGAAGAUAUGGUAGAAUGGUUGCGUGAAGUAGGUAUGCCAGCUGAUUAUGUUAACAAACUUGCUCGAAUGUUCCAAGAUAUUAAGGUUAGCGAGGAUCUAAAUACUCAGUUUAGGGCAGACACAACACGUCAUGAUGCAAUUAACAUUAAAAUUCUCAAUGCUGGAGCAUGGGCUCGUGGAUCUGAGAGAGUUACCGUAAGUCUUCCUUUAGAAUUAGAAGAUUAUAUUCCUGAAGUUGAAGAGUUUUACAAAAAGAAACAUUCUGGUCGUAAAUUACAAUGGUACCAUCAUAUGAGUAAUGGGACAAUCACUUUUGCUAAUUCAGUUGGCAGAUUUGAUCUCGAUGUUACUACAUUUCAAAUGGCUGUUUUGUUCGCUUGGAAUCAGCGUCCAAUGGAGAAAAUAAGUUACGAAAAUUUAAGACUGGCUACUGAACUUCCUGAUCCUGAACUGAGGAGGACUUUAUGGUCUUUGGUUGCUUUUCCGAAACUGAAACGACAGUUGUUGUGUUAUGAACCCAAUGUACAAAAUCCAAAAGAUUUUGCUGAGAACACGACAUUCUGGGUAAAUCAAGAAUUCUCACUCAUUAAAAAUGGAAAACCGCAGCGCCGGGGCAAAAUUAAUUUGAUCGGUCGUUUACAAUUAAGCACGGAACGAUCCCAAUUGGAAGACAAUCAUUCUAUAGUUCAGUUACGAAUAUUAAGGACUCAAGAAGCCAUUAUAAAAAUUUUGAAGAUGAGGAAGCGUAUAACAAAUACUGCUCUUCAGAGUGAACUCGUCGAAAUAUUGAAGAAUAUGUUCUUGCCUUCAAAGAAAAUGAUAAAAGAACAGUUGGAAUGGCUCAUUGAACACAAGUACAUGCGCCGCGAUGAUGAAGAUAUCAACACUUUUAUAUACAUGGCCUAAGUCAUUUUCGCAACUUUAAAUGAACGAAAUCAAUAAAUUAUUUACCCAGUAUGGUAAUCUCUA